AUGCAUCUCAUAACGAUUUAUAUUGUGUUCUUAUUCAAGAAGAUUCAGUGCAACUAUCUGUAUACUGAGCGGUGCUACAUUUACAUGGAUCAUAAAAGUGUAAAGUACUUUUUGACUCAAGAAGAGUUGGACAUGAGACAGAGAAGAUGGACAGAACACUUAAAGGGUUAUGAUGUGAUCAUCGAUUAUCAUGAUGAGAAGGCUAAUGUUGUGGCCAAUGCAUAUAGCCAAAAUAAUUUUCCAGCUCUGCAAGCUUUGGAUGCACAUUUCUCUUCAAUGGAAGAUGGCACCUUAAGUGUAGAAUUAGUGUUAAAGCUGAUGCUUUUGGAUCGGAUAAUAGAGUUACAUGGGAAAGAUGAAAAAUGCUUGGCAAGGAUUGUACAAGUGGAAAAAGGUGAGACUAAGGACUUUGAAGUCAGAACUGAUUUAUUGGGGGAGACCUUCCAUCCCUGA